AUGUGGCCAUCGAUGAGAGUUCUCGUUUUGUUGGUGGCGUGUUUAUCGUGCGCUUUAAUGGCCAUCGACUAUGAGCAAGGGACACAGCAAUUAAACGAUAAAAGAAAUGAAGAUUUUGAGGAUUUGGCCAAGCGAUCUCCAUCGGCGAAAUGGAUGCGAUUCGGGAAAAGAUCACCAAAUGCUAAAUGGAUGAGAUUCGGCAAGCGUUCCCCAUCAGCGAAAUGGAUGCGAUUCGGCAAGCGAUCCACCGACGAUCUCCCCUAUGACAGCAUCGAAUAU